CUCGGGCCUCCGGUGGCCCUCUGGGCUAGGAGGAGCCUGGCGGGCCGGGCCAAGAGGAUGGGAGUGAGCUUGGAGGGCGGCGGCGGCGGCGGCGGCGGCAGCAGCAGGAGGAGGAGCCCAGUGAUUGAAUACCAAGCUAUUCCUCGGUAUGGACCAGCAAGCCCAUUCAGAGGACAUUUAAGUACUAAAAGUAAUGCCUUCUGCAUUGACGACUCCUCCCGCAGACUAAGCAACCAGUACCUGAUCAGGGAUCACAUGGCUGUCCAUUACAAUAAAAUACUUUCAGCUAAAGCUGCUGUAGACUGCUCAGUACCAAAAAGCAGGUUAAACAGCAUAAAACUUUCAGACCAGCAGCGAAGAGAGAAACUCAAGAAAGAAGUCGAAAAAUGUGAAAAAGAGAUGAUUUCAUCUAAAAAUGGGUCCCGAUCUAGUUCCAGGGAGAGUAGAAGACCACUGUCAGCCACCUAUAGAAAAGAUACCUUGGAAGCAGAAGACAACGUUGGGCUACCCUCGUGUACACCUAGUGAACAAAGGUGUGUGUUGGGCCCUCAGGCAACUCCAGAGAGGCAAAACAUAGCCCUUCCGAAUGCUGCAAAUCCUGCCAGGAAAGAUGCUCCGAAAGCCUCCAACAUCUCUGACCCAAGCUCAUGUGUCAGUGCAUCGAGUCUCCAGAGGUUGCACUCCAAAAUUUCAUCCAGCUCUUCUUCAGACAGCAUUGCAAACAGGCAUCCUCAAAAGGCUCCGAACCCUGAACCCAAAGUGUGCAGCGGGGAUCUCCUUGAUAAGCACUCUGAACAUUUCACCAAUGGUCGGCAGCCAUUCACUCCACGCACUUUGAAAUCGGAUGCUAAGUCCUUCCUUUCGCAGUACCGAUAUUAUAAGCCACCAAGACAGAAAAUAAGCAAUCUCACCAAGCAGGUGGAAGCAGAAACACAGACCGACAUAAGCAGUUUUCAAGUGGCGUCUGAAGGGUCAGAAAAAAGUAAUGUGGCUGACUUUCAGAAGAUCAUAAAGGAGGUGGAAGACAAUGCAGAUAAUAAGGCUGAUGAAAUGAAGUCUUUCCCCCAGUUCUCCUCAUCAAGGGUGACGUCACCGUCUUCUGUGCAGUCCCCAACGAUGAAAAGAAUCCAAGCAGAAGAAGAAGAACUUCUGUAUUUAAAUUUCAUCCAGGACAUAACAGAUGAGAUUCUUAAGCUCGGAUUGUUUUCCAACAGGGCUCUGGAAAGGUUAUUUGAACGUCACAUAGAACAAAAUAAGAACCACCUGGAUGAGACCAAAAUGCGCCAUCUGCUGGAGAUUCUGAAAGUAGACUUGGGCUGCAGCAAGGAGGAGAAGCCUGCGGGAGGCUUGGACAUGUUUGGUCUGCACAGGCCAGAGCCAGCUGAGCACCGCCAACAUCACAGCAAAGCUCAAAGACAAAACAAGCCAGCAAAAAGCGAGGGGCUGUUAAAAGCGGUGGGUUUAAAUGGAAACGAUCCCGCUGUAUCUCCUGUACACAGCGAUGACUCUGAGAAGGUGGAGGGAAAGGGUAGCUUUCCCCAAAAUCUGAGCGAACCAGCGAGCGUGGGGCUGGAUCCUUCCUCCUUUGUGGUCACCGAUGAAACUGCGGAUACCUCGUGCACAUUGCCGCCGGCACUCAGCUCAACCACCUGCGACGCUGACUUUGAAACGAGCGAUUCUUUGAGGGAAGUCGACGAGCUCAAAGAAAGCUUUGCAGAAUCCCUUCCCAUCUCCACCGACAACGUGCAGUAGAACUAGCAGCAAAGCACCAGGCCAGCCAGAGGUGCAGAUAUCUGAACUUUGCAAACUAAAUAAAACGAUAGCAAAUGACAACCCCCCCCCCUCUUUCAAAACCUUCUCUUUUGGAUGCACUCAUAAAAAAGGGGCCCGAGUAUUUUACGAAUCAGGCUGUAGCGAAUUGAGUCCUCACACAUACACGGUAGUGGGUAGCUGACAUGUAAUGAGAUUAAGUGCUGAAAACUCCUGAAUGUAGAACUUUUCUAUAUAUUUUAAAGGCAGGUGUGAUUUAUUUAUAAGAUUUAUUUAUAAUAAAUGAAUAUAACAUUUGCAACGGUAAAAUACAGUCUUUGAAUUGAUGUGCCUGCGCAAAGUAACCAUUUGUUUUAACACACAUGCCCUGGCCCAGUGAUUUAUAAUUAUUAUUAUUAUUAUUUAUUAUUUAUACCCCGCCCAUCUGGCUGGGUUUCCCCAGCCACUCUCGGCGGCUUCCAACAGAAAAAUGAAAUAAAAUAAUAUAUUAAACAUUAAAAGCCUCCCUAAACAGGGCUGCCUUCAGAUGUCUUCUAAAAAUCUGGUAGCUGUUUUUCUCUUUGACAUCUGAUAGGAGGGUGUUCCACAGGGCGGGCACCACCACCGAGAAGGCCCUCUGCCUGGUUCCCUGCAACUUGGCUUCUCGCAACGAGGGAACCGCCAGAAGGCCCUCAGUACUGGACCUCAGUGUCCGGGCAGAAUGAUGGGGGUGGAGACGCUCCUUCAGGUAUACUGGACCGAAGCCAUUUAGGGCUUUAAAGGUCAGCACCAACACUUUGAAUUGUGCUCGGAAACGUACUGGGCGCCAAUGUAGGUCUUUCAAGACCGGUGUUAUGUGGUCUCGGCGGCUGCUCCCAGUCACCAGUCUAGCUGCCGCAUUCUGGAUUAAUUGUAGUUUCCAGGUCACCUUCAAAGGUAGCCCCAUGUAGAGCGCCUGCGUACCAGAUGGAUUUAUUACGGCUGUAUGCAUUCCAGUGCAGAGUUUUCUCAACCAGAGUUGUCACGUUUAUUACGGUGGCUGCAAUGCAGUGCCCAAACAGAUGUGUGGUACCGUCAGCUCUGAAAGCAUGGAUCAGCUGAUUGGAGGGGCUGAGUCCCAGCACUCCACCUGUCAGCAGGUGAUCGGCACGAUAACAAGUGUUUCCCAUCUUCUGGUGGGACUGAUCCUUUCAGGCGGUAGCAGGACAGCUCACUGCUGCAUGUGUGACAAGGGCAUAAACAAUACCGCUAAUGCGGAUAUGUGCAAUACGCUUCCUGAUUGAUCCCAGCUCCAACCAGCCCAGGGUCCGAGAAAUAUUUUCUACAGCAGAAAUUUUCAUACCUAUCACGAAGUAUUCCAGUUCUGACAUAAGGCUGCCACCAUCUAGUAGUAAGAGCUUUGUAGUCACAGAACAUGUGGGGCAUUCGUAACAUUGAGAUGAUAAGGGGGUAAUGGGGCUAAUUUUGCUAGGCCUUCUCAUCUCUAUCCAGAGCCGCAAAUAAGCAUGCACUAUUAGUUGAGGGUACCUAGAGCUGGAUCAAGGCCAUCUGUUUAGAAGAGAAAGAAAGUCAAGAGGGUGGGGAUCUUCAGUGCCCGCCUGCAAUUCUGAUUCCUUUUUCUUCCAAUGCAUGCAAAGUCAUAAUAUAGAUAAGGGGGAAAUUAGUCAUUUCAUUAGUCUCCGAAUGUCAGCAAGAGUUUGGUGGCCUUUGUUCAGCUUGCAUUUAUGUAUCCCUCACAGUACCCUUCCCGUUCUUAUUCUUAAAGAUAAAAAAUUGUUUGUUGUCUGUGUUUUAGUUGCUUAGGCAGUAUCACUUUUUAUACAGCCCCCUCCCAAAAAAAAAUUGGUCCCAGUUUUUUUUUAAUUAAAAAAAUAAAUUUUAUCAGUGUUUGUAAAGAGAAAUACAAAACUUAAUACCAAAUAUCGCUUUUAUUCAACAUUAAUCUGAAUAAGAUAAAAACAUAGAGAAAUAAAGAGAGGCAGAAAAGAACU